AUGCUGUUCCUGGUUCACAAAAUGGAUGGAAUCAUUCUGGAAGACAAGGAAAACAAAUUAACUUUCUUGCUGGUCCAAUGGGAAUUUCAACCUAAAUAUAAAAAUGUAGUACCUAUGUUCUCAGUUUUAAAUGAACCUAAGAUUGGAUCUAUUACAAGUGCUGCUUUAAGAUCUUGGUAUUAUGAGUCAUAUAAAUUGAUUAGAAGCAUAGGUGGUCAAGGAGAAGGAAAUGGACCGUUCAUAGUGUUUCAUGAUGGAUUUCAAGGAGUUUCAGGUAUUGGUUCUACAUUAAAGAAUCCAUGGUCAGGGUUUAUGAAUGGAUCAGAUCGAGUCGGACUUGAUACACAUCCAUACUUAUGUUUUGGUUCACAAAAUAAUGAUAGUCUUGAGACAAAUUCAUUUAAACCUUGUAAACAAUGGUCUGCUCAUCAAAACUUUACAAUGGAUAGUUUUGGUUUAGCUAUUGCUGGUGAAUGGUCGUUGGCUGUGAACGAUUGUGGAAUAUUUGUAAACAAUGUAGGAUCAGGUAGUCGAUUUGAUGGAACUUAUCCAAGCCCAUCUUCACCAGAUCCUAAAAUCCCAAAGAUAGGUGAUUGUAGUUAUUGGAAUGAUCAUAGAAAAUGGACGAAAUCAUCAAAAGAUUCAUUUAUUGAAUUAGGUAAAACCACUCAAGAUUCAUUAAUCAAUUCAUUUUUUUGGACUUGGAAAAUCUCACAUUCAAUCUUACAAGACAAUCCACCUAAUCCAAUGUGGAAUUAUCAACUUGGACUUCAGUCUGGUUACAUUAGGUAA